GUCGAGGGCUCUCCUUCUUCUUUUAGGUUGCUCCACCCCGCCCAGGAUCAGGCGAGGGGGAACCAGUUCAGCAGCUGCCAACUGGCGCCCAGCGCGGCCGCGAACACGGGAAGUGGAGUCCUGAGUGCGCGCUGCGGGGCGUUUGCUUCUCCCGCGCCCCGGCGACCCGCGUCCUCCCACCCGCACCCCUUCUCCACUUUUCCCCCCGUUUGCAAUCACAUGGCAUUUUAAGAAUGCUGGAAAGAUGGCGGUAGCGGCGGCGGCGGCGGUGGCUGCGCCGGCUGGCGGGGGAGGCGGCCGGGCGCAGCGGAGCGGACUGCUGGAAGUUUUGGUGCGGGAUCGUUGGCAUAAAGUUCUGGUGAACUUGAGCGAGGACGCCCUGGUGUUGAGCUGCGAGGAGGGCGCUGCAGCGUACAACGGCAUAGGGACUGCCACCAAUGGCUCGUUCUGCAGGGGCUCCGGGACUGGACACCCGGGCACUGGUGUCACGCAACCCCCGGACUCUCCCGCCGGGGUCCGCACAGCCUUCACCGAUCUCCCGGAGCAGGUGCCUGAGUCCAUCUCAAACCAGAAGAGGGGCGUGAAGGUGCUGAAGCAGGAGCUGGGCGGGCUGGGCAUUAGCAUCAAAGGGGGCAAGGAGAACAAGAUGCCCAUACUCAUCAGUAAGAUCUUCAAGGGGCUGGCAGCGGAUCAGACCCAAGCCCUGUAUGUGGGCGAUGCCAUCCUGUCCGUGAACGGAGCCGACCUGCGGGAUGCCACCCAUGAUGAGGCAGUGCAAGCGCUGAAGCGCGCAGGCAAGGAAGUACUGCUGGAAGUGAAGUACAUGAGAGAAGCCACGCCUUAUGUGAAGAAAGGAUCACCUGUGUCUGAAAUUGGAUGGGAAACGCCUCCACCUGAGUCCCCUAGAUUAGGGGGCAGCUCUGCAGACCCUCUGUCAUCCCAGUCCUUCUCCUUCCAUAGAGACCGGAAAAGCAUCCCCCUCAAGAUGUGUUAUGUCACCAGGAGCAUGACCUUGGCUGACCCUGAAAACAGGCAGCUUGAAAUCCACUCUCCAGAUGCGAAGCACACGGUGAUCCUGAGGAGUAAAGACUCCGCCACCGCCCAAGCCUGGUUCAGUGCCAUCCAUUCCAACGUCAGUGACUUGCUGACCCGAGUGAUUGCUGACAUCAGAGAGCAGCUGGGAAAGACGGGUAUUGCUGGCAGUCGUGAGAUCAGACAUCUUGGCUGGCUGGCAGAAAAGGUGCCAGGAGAGAGUGAGAAGCAGUGGAAAGCAGCCCUCGUUGUUCUGACUGAGAAAGAUCUUUUAAUCUACGACAGCAUGCCACGAAGAAAGGAAGCCUGGUUCAGCCCAGUGCAUUCAUAUCCACUUCUUGCCACCAGGCUUGUCCAUUCAGGUCCAGGGAAAGGAUCCCCCCAGGCUGCUAUGGAUCUGUCCUUUGCAACACGAACUGGUACCAAGCAAGGAAUUGAAACCCAUCUCUUCCGGGCAGAGAUCAGCCGGGACCUCUCCCACUGGACGAGGAGCAUAGUGCAGGGGUGCCACAAUUCAGCGGAGCUCAUUACCGAAAUCACCACUGCCUGUACCUACAGAAACCAGGAAUGCCGCUUGACCGUUCAUUAUGACAAUGGAUUUUCUAUUUCUACUGAGCCUCAGGAGGGUGCCUUUCCCAAGACAAUCAUACAGUCCCCUUAUGAGAAGCUCAAAAUGUCUUCGGAUGAUGGAAUCAGGAUGCUCUAUUUAGACUUCGGAGGCAAAGAAGGAGAGAUUCAACUGGACCUUCACUCCUGCCCCAAGCCGAUCGUUUUCAUCAUCCAUUCCUUUCUGUCUGCUAAGAUUACAAGACUGGGCUUGGUGGCCUGAAUGGAGGGGCGACUUGCCUUAAGGGGAGGAAGGCUGCAGCACCACAGGAGUGUGACAUCAGGCAAUGCACCAGACGGAGCAUGCACAGCCAGCUUCGGGUCUCGGGAGUCAUGUGUAAUAUCCCAGGCUCCUCCGUCAGUUUCAGGAACCACAAAGGACUCCCUGAAGAAAAUACCAUGAGGGUUGUCAGAACAGAGAGCUUCUUAGAGCAGAACAAGGCUAAAGGGGGUAAGGGCAAGUGGAAACCCACAGCCUAUCCUUCUAAAUGAUGACCGCCAAGGACAUGGCCGUCACAACAGCAUGUGCAGAUCUUAAUCACACCAGUUUCUAGGCAACGGGUUCACCCCGGUAAGCCAGGGCUGAGCAGAUGAGAAACGGAUAGUUUCACCUAUUCUUCUGUCCCCUGGUACUGAUCCCUUGCUUUAUUGUGAUUUAUGUCCUGACCCAAGUUGAGCUGACGUUCAUUGGUAGGCAAAAGAAAAAAAGAAAGAAAGAAAAGACAAAAGAUGAGGAAAAGUAAAAAGAAACCCACCUUUUAUUUAAGAAUGAAGCAUCUGUUACUUAAUUUUCCUAAUGAGUUAUCUUUCAGUUGGUAUAGAGUGAUUCCAAAGUGUUCUCAUCCGCGUAUGCUGGACAGAAAUGAAAUAAAGCAUUGGAUACUGACAUGAGCUUUAAGCAGGCGGAAUCUGAGCCCAUGUGGACUGUUGCAGUUGCAAAGCUUUCCUGGAGAGUUGUAUACACAAAUGGUAAUUAAUUCUGAGACUACACUUAUACCAUGGAUGCUGUCUCAUAGCUGAAAUCGGUACCCUUAUUUACAAAAAUCAAAUUCUGGGCAAUUUUUAAAAGCUUGCCAUUACACACACACACACACACACACACACACACACACACACACACACACACACCACUGGUCACAUAGUUGGUGUUUAAUUGUCUGCAUCUCACAGUUUUUGGUGGAAGUACCUUUCAGUGGUCCUUGUUUCUGCCCGUGCUCACCUAAUGUGCAUUUCAAAGUAAGGGAGGCUAUCUCUCAGUCUUGAUGACG